AUGAAGCUGAACAGCAAAGUGACAUCCUCGAGGAGAAAAAACCGUAAGGCCCACUUUUCUGCGCCUUCCAGUGUACGAAGAAAACUUAUGAGUGCACCUCUGUCCAAGGAGCUUCGCCAAAAAUACAAUGUCCGCUCAAUGCCGAUCCGAAAAGACGACGAGGUUCAGGUCACACGUGGCCAUUUUAAGAGCCAACAAGUUGGAAAAGUGAUCCAAGUCUACCGCAAGAAAUGGAUCAUUCACAUUGAAAGAAUCCAAAGAGAAAAAGCUAACGGAGCCACUGUCAGCGUGGGCAUUCACCCAAGCAAAGUGGAGAUUAUCAAGUUGAAGCUUGAUAAAGAUCGCAAGAAGAUCUUGGAGAGAAAGAACAGAUCAAAGUUGGCCGAGAAAGGAAAGCACACAGAGGAAGAGGUGCAAGCCAUGUCAACAGAAUAAGUAAGUAAAAUUUUUUGGGAUCAAUUUUAUUCUGACAAGGUCACCAGUAGAGAUAAAUAUGGCAAGCUAAUUACAAAAAAGUUCAUUAGAAGUUCACUACCUUACAUGUUUGAGUUUUACAGACGAUUCACAUUGGCUCAGUCUAGUUCGCAGAUUUUUUCUUUCGAGGACGGCAUAAUAUCCGAUUUGUCUCCUUUCAUGUUAAUAUUGAGUUAUGUAUUCUUCAAACGAAACCCAGCACCCAAGGACUUUUUUCUCACUUUGACAUGCAUAUAACAAAUGUCGGUAAUAUUGCAACUAUGGUAAUUAGAAUUGCUAUGUACAUUGAGCAGGGUUUAUUUUAGAAAUUGGCCAACGAGGACUCAGUGGGUCCUCUUCUUCAAUUUUAGGGAGCAUUAUUUCAAGAAAGGGGUGCCCAGGAGAAUGAGUACCCCAAAAGGUGUUACAACACACUUGUUUAGUAUAGUCUGAAAGAAAAUGGGGAAGAGAUAGACAAUAGAGACGCUAACAGACAGUAUAGUGGCUCUUGUAUUAAUCUUGUUGUAAAUUGUCUUUUGGAAUAUGAACCAAAAGUACGUUUAUUACUUCCUUUCACUAAAUGAACAGGCAUAAACCUUUGUAACACUAGACAGGCAGGGAAAUUUGUUAGGGAGGGUAGUUACAGAGUGAUGGUUUUUCACUGAGCAUAUUGAGACAUACUGAUAUUUUUUUUUGGAUGUAGUGUAGGUUGAAAUGAAUGUCAUGCUGAAAUGGUUUGAAGCUUCUUUGAUUUGGAUUUCCCUUUGCUCUGUAAAAGAAAAACACAAAUCAAACCAGUUUGAAUUCAUUUUAACUUGAAAUAGUUUUGAAUUACAGCAUACUUGGGUAUGUUAUCUAAUGAUUCCAAUCUAAAGAAUUGCUAAAAUGUAAGCUGCCAUUCUAAAUUCCAGGAUCAAGUGUUGGGAACUAAACUGCCCCCUCACAUUUAAGGUGACCUGUUCAAACAAAUGUGAUUAAAUAUUGUCAUUGUAAAUGUAACAGAGGCUGAAAACCAUAUCAAUGUUUUAUGUCAGAUGUGUUUGACUUCUACUCAGUUGAUUGUUUUUCUCUUAUUCUUCCCUUUUUUAGAUGGAUUGCUGAAGAAAUGCUACCAAUCAGUUCAUUUUACAUCUCAAACGAAACUCAAUAAAAAUCUUUUGAGACUAAAGGAAGUGUGUUGUUUUUAGAAUUUCUGGGUUUCUUUGUUUUUCUCUUUUAAGUACAAUUCACCAUUUUUGGUAUAUCAGUACAUCUCACAGAAAAUGAGGUACACGUGGGAUGGAUUUGGGUGUACACAUACUGGUCAUAAAACUUGAAAUCUAUCAUGGUCACCAGGGUACUAUUUGCAUAUCUCUUGUAUAGUAAUAGUAAUAG